AUGACUUUUGAGAGCUAUUCCUUCAUGCUAUGGCUCAUCCUAAUCACGAGUGGCUCUUCCGUCGUUACACAAGCUCUGAAUUCAUCUUCAGUUUCUUCAAAAAUAAAAUGUCUCCCCGAGGAGAGAAUUACUUUGCUGAAACUGAAGCAUGAGUUUACAUUCACAGAACCUGGUUUGGAUGAUGAGACUUAUUCAUCAUAUCCAAAGAUGAAGUUUUGGAAGGGAAUGGAUUGUUGCAAGUGGAAUGGAGUUAGAUGCAACAUGAAAACUGGCCAAGUUGCAAGCCUUGACUUAAGCAGCAGUUGGCUUCAAGGCCAUUUGAGCUCAAAUAGCAGCCUCUUCAAUUUGCACCACCUUCAAAGUCUCAACCUUGCCUACAACAACUUCAAUUCUUCCAAGAUUCCUUCAAGGUUUGCCCAACUUUCAAAGUUAACCCAUCUCAACCUCUCUUACUCCUACUUUUCAGGGCAAGUCCCAAAUGAAAUUACUUGGUUGAACAAUUUGAUUUCUCUUGAUCUCUCUGCUAACUUUGAUUAUGAAGAUGGAACUAGUUCUUUGUUUCUUCAAACAGAAAAUUUUCAUCAAAACUUUUCACAAUUACAAGUGCUUUCCCUUGAUCAAGUGAAUCUCUCUUCUCUAAAUCCUCAAUCUUUAUCAAAUUUGUCCUCAUUGACAUCUCUCUCUCUUAUAAGCUCUGAUUUGCAGGGUGACUUCCCAAACAAUAUUUUUCUUUUGCCUAAUAUACAAGUCAUUCAUUUGCAAAACAACUAUGAUCUCAAUGGUUUUCUACCAUCAUUUCAUUCCAGCAGCAAUCUAGAGACAUUGGAUCUCUUCUCCACAAAUUUUUCUGGACCAAUACCUGAUUCCAUUGGCAAUCUCAAGAGUUUAACAAAUUUGAAUGUCCCUUUUUGCAAUUUUAUAGGGCCUAUUCCAUCCUCCAUUGGAAAUCUUUCCAAACUCAUCCAUUUGGACUUUGAAUUCACCAACCUCAUUGGUAAAAUUCCACCCUCUUUGGGAAACCUUUCUCAACUUGAAGACUUGUCCUUGUCCUACUGCAGUUUUAGUGGUAAGGUUCCAAGUACAAUGGGUAAUCUUGCAGAUCUCAUGUACAUUUAUCUUGAUCAUUCUGGAUGUACAGGAGAACUACCCUCAACACUAGGAAACCUCAAAAAACUUGUGUUAAUGGAUAUUGUGGGAAACGAAAUCAAUGGUCGAAUUCCAUCAUCACUUGUAAACCUAACCGAAUUAGCUACUUUGUCUCUUCACUACAAUGGUUUGGAUGGUGAGUUGCCACUAGGAUUGACGAACUUGACCAAACUUCAGUCCUUAGGUAUGUCACACAAUGCUUUGAGUGGAGCCAUUCCUUCAUCUUUGUUCACAAUGCCUUCUUUGAGUGAGGUACAACUAGAUGACAACCAGUUUGCAGGUCCUUUAAACAUCCAUAGUGUCACUUCAUUCAACUUGACUCUUCUCUCUUUAAGUCAAAACAGGUUAAGUGGACCAAUUCCAAAGUCACUGUCCAAGUUGGAGAGCUUGACUUCUCUUUCCCUUGAUUCAAACAACUUCAGUGGUAUAGUUGAGUUAGACAUGUUCUCAAAGCUAAGCAAUCUUCGUGAGCUUUUUAUUUCAGAUAACAGUUUUGUUGUAACAUACACAGAUUCAAAUUUCACUCUUCCCAAACUACUUUCUUUAGGUUUGGCUUCAUGUAGCAUGAGAACUAAGUUUCCAAAUUUUUUGAGAAGCCAAGAUGAAUUACAAUUGUUAGAUUUGUCCAAUAACAAAAUUGAAGGCGAAAUUCCCAACUGGUUCAUCAACAUGGGAGUUGAGAAGUUUAAUCAUUUGAAUCUUUCUCACAACAACCUCACUGGUUGGGAAACACCCCAGUUUAUUCUUCCAUGGAAAUACUUGAGAAUUCUGGAUUUAAGUUUCAACAAGAUGCAAGGUUCUCUUGUGGUGCCACCAGUGUCUACAAUAUACUUCUUCAUCUCAGAAAACAAAAUAAGUGGAAGAAUUCAUCAUUUCUUUUGUAACUUGACUGAGCUUGUUGUCCUUGAUGUGUCCAAUAAUCUCCUAAACGGGACCAUUCCACCAUGCUUGGGAAGCUCAAGCAGAGAGCUCUCCAUGUUGAGUUUGAAAGGAAACAAUUUCCGUGGGAAAAUACCUCAGAGAUUUAUGGAUGGAAAUAAGUUGAUGACAUUGGACCUCAGUCAUAACCAAUUCCAAGACAAAGUUCCAAUAGUGCUUAUCAAAUGUAAAGCACUAGAAGUUAUUAAUCUUGGGCACAAUCGUUUGAGUGACACAUUUCCAUUUUGGCUCCAAAAUCUUCCAAAGUUGCAAGUUCUUGUAUUGCGCUUUGACAAGUUGCGAAUUGUCGACCUCUCCUUCAACAAUUUCAAUGGAAAUUUACCAUCAGACUACUUCAAGAAUUGGAGAGCCAUUAAUACAGAAAUUCCAAGCACAAACAAGUCGAAGCCGGUGUACAUGGAGCAUAAAGAAGACUACUAUCAAAACUCAGUGACAGUGAUGAAUAAAGGGUCAGAAAUGAAAAUGAUGAAGAUCUUGACAAUCUUCACAUCUAUUGAUCUCUCAAAUAACCAUUUUCAUGGUGAAAUUCCAAGAAGUAUAGGAGAUCUUCCAUCAUUGAUUGGGCUCAAUCUUUCAAGUAACAACUUUGAAAGCCCCAUCAUGUCUUCCUUGGGGAAUCUUAAACAGCUUGAAUCAUUAGAUCUCUCCAACAAUAAGCUUUUUGGUGCAAUUCCUCAAGAGUUGGAGAGUCUCACAUUCCUUGGAUAUCUUGACCUUUCAAAAAACCAACUCACAGGGCCAAUCCCACAAGGUGGGCAAAUCACUACAUUUCCAACUUCUUCUUUUGAAGGGAAUGUAGAUUUAUGUGGUUUACCUUUGUCUAAAAAAUGUGGAGAAAACACUGAUGAGAAGUCCACUGCUCACCAAGAGCACGAAUCUGACGAAAGUGGUCUUGCUUGGAAAGCUGUGAUAGUUGGAUAUGUAACCAGUUUUGUUAUUGGAUCGAUUGCUGGACAUUUCAUCAUAUCGAAGAGACCAAACUGGCUCAUAAGAAUUUAUGGAAGAAAGUUUUAGUAUUGAUGAUAUGCUGUUAUAGCUCUCUAAUUUUGUGUUGAUGUAUUUAUGUCUUCUCUUCGUUUUGAUAUUUACUUCUGGUAGCAUAUAAUAAUAUAGUUUACUUAAUGAGUUUGGAUAUAUUUAUAUAAUUUAAUUUGUUACCACUUGAUAAUUGUGAGGAAUAUGGUGAUUCAAACAUUAAGAUUCUGUCAUCAGUGGCUGCACGAGAGGAUUGGAGAGAAAGGGAGCAAGAGUGAGAGAAAAUAGAAGUUAGUUUUUCAUGUGUGGUGAUAGAGAGCUGGGAAGAAAAAGAAAAGCAAUACCCUGUAUAUGAGUGAGCUGAUUUUUUUUUCUUGUAUCACAGACACAGCUGUGUUCACCAAUCUCUUGUAAUUUGUAAUCUCAUUACUCAUAGUGGAUUUGGAUGGCUAAACCAGUAAGCUGGAUGUAGGAGGCAUAUUGUUUAUGAACCAAUAUAAAGUUCCUUGUGUGUU